AUGUCAUCGAAGGGCGGACCAGAUUCCACAUUCAACGAUAAUUUAAUUAGGGAAGUACGCCUGAAUCCAAUAAUCUAUGAUUUCUCUCACCCUUUAUAUGGUAAUGCGAUCAAAAAACAGGAAACUUGGAUUGAAAUUGCUGCCAAACUUAAUGAAAAGGUAGAAGCUGUGAAGACUCGCUGGCGUACUUUACGCGACCGAUAUACGAAGGAACGUCGACGUGUGAUGACAUGCGGUGUCGGAUCAUCGUUUUCUUACUAUGCUGAUCUCUGUUUCUUGGACAACUGCAACGAGAACAGGAUUACGCCAUCAAAAUCUAGCAAAAGUAACCGCAACAAUAAUGAUAAAAAUAGCAGCAAUACUGCAGCACAUUGCGAUGUUACGACAUCUGUGUUUGUGAAACCAGAAGUUUUCGAGCACUCAUCCGACACCAGUUAUAGUUUCGAUAACAGGAUCAGUGAUGACACGUUAAUGGAACAAGAAGAAGCGAUCCCUUCUUCAUCUGGACCGGAAUUUUCGAUACCAAAAAGGCAGAGAAUUCGAAAAGCAAGUCAUAAAUCUCCAACGCCACCAGUAAGCUCAGCAACAACAACGGCUGUAACAGAAAUAGCAGAAAUGGUAGCACUGGAAAAAGUACCAAUAAAACGUUCUAGACUGGAUUCUUCACCGGAUUCGCCAUCAGACACGGUUGCGAAUGCGUUGAUGCGUAGUGUGGAAGCAUUGCAACAUUUAGCGGAACGAAAGCCCGUCUUUGACCAAGCAGUUAGUCCUCGUGAUGCCGACGAAUGCUUCGCCGAUUUUGUUUGUAUGUCGCUGAAGUCAAUUGAUAAUAGCAGUCGAGUGCAUGCUCGAAUUGCAAUUCUCCAUGCUUUGGCACAGUUUCAGACAUGA